ACUGAACACCAAACUGCGACUGCGUCUUUGAGAACACCGCUAUCCUGACUCUGCUUGCUGAAGUUAUUACUGCGACUGAUCGGAAUAGACAUUCAGUCGUCUGAAGCACGAGGGAUAUUUCUAAUGUCACAUUUAGUUAGAAAAUGGACUACUGUUUGAUGGAAUCCAAGGCUAUGUGAAAAUUCAUUUGGUCGUCGCCUUUUCUGUUUCUAUGAAGAGAAAAGGAAGGAGUGCCUCUACGCUGUCUCAACGUUAGCUUGAUCGGUUGGGCCGAUGUGUUUCUGGAGAGUUUUACUGGCGCUUAAGCCUACUUUGCUUUUACAGUCAGUGGACAUAUAAUACACAAAGAUAUUAAGUUAAACAUUUUCUUCAUCCUCUGGUCACAUGGUCGAUUAUGCGCGGAGUUGAAUGGCAGUUGGGGUUCAUUUCCUAUUUUGCUUCCAUCGAAACAUUUUACCGCCCGGAUUUUACAGAAAUGCAGCUCAAUAUAAUCGCGAUACACACUCCUGGACUCCCACGUUAAGAUAGCCUGCUAGCUGCUUUAGGCUAGCAUUUAGUUUGUGUGUAUUGUCUAUGUGAUUAGCUUGCUAUAUUUGGCCAUACAAGUAAAGAUGUGGACUUAUUCCUUGUGAUUGCCAGGCUACGUGCAACAGAUAACGUUAUAUUAGGUGUAGCCAGCUAGCCACAAUUUGCUUGGUUUAGUAGCUAAAUAGCUAGCUGUAUCGCUACGAUAGCUAAUUAUCUGUUUAAUGUUAGCUAGAGUUGGCUAUUAAAACCAGUUGCUUGCUAGCUGUUUGCUCCCCACUUGCUUGCUAACUCUUGCCACUAUAUAAAAAAAUUGGUCUCUAUUAAGAAACCACACAGUUCUUCCUUACUAGCUAGUGACAGAUACGUGUAUUUGACAAUGUCGUUUUUUAAUUUUCGCAAAAUCUUCAAAUUGGGGAGCGAAAAGAAGAAAAAACAAUAUGAACACGUUCACAGAGAUCUGAAUCCAGAGGACGUCUGGGAGAUUAUCGGUGAAUUGGGAGAUGGAGCCUUUGGAAAAGUGUACAAGGCUCAGAACAAAGAGACGGGGAUCCUGGCGGCGGCGAAGGUGAUCGACACCAAGACCGAGGAGGAGCUGGAGGACUACAUGGUGGAGAUCGAAAUCCUGGCCUCGUGCGACCAUCCCAACAUCGUGAAGCUGCUGGACGCUUUCUACUACGAGAGCAAGCUGUGGAUUCUGAUCGAGUUCUGCGGGGGAGGGGCCGUGGAUGCAGUAAUGCUGGAACUGGAGCGCCCUCUGACCGAGCCGCAGAUCCGGGUGGUCUGCAAGCAGACUCUGGACGCCCUGGCCUACCUGCAUGAGAACAAGGUCAUCCACAGGGACCUGAAAGCAGGGAACAUCCUCUUCACGCUGGAGGGGGAUAUCAAACUGGCCGAUUUCGGCGUGUCGGCCAAGAACACAAAAACCCUGCAGAGGAGAGAUUCCUUUAUCGGGACGCCUUACUGGAUGGCGCCAGAGGUGGUGAUGUGCGAGACCUCCAAGGACCGACCCUACGACCACAAGGCGGACAUCUGGUCCCUGGGGGUGACGCUGAUCGAGCUGGCGCAGAUCGAGCCCCCCAACCACGAGAUGAACCCCAUGAGAGUGCUGCUGAAGAUCGCCAAAUCGGAGCCCCCCACCCUGAUGCAGCCGUCGCGAUGGUCUCCGGAGUUCAGCGACUUCCUGAGGAAGUGCCUGGAUAAGAAUGUGGACAACCGCUGGAGCACAGCCCAGCUCCUGCAGCACCCGUUCGUCUCCAGCGUGACGAACAGCAGGCCGGUCAGGGAGCUGAUCGCCGAGGCCAAAGCAGAAGUCACCGAGGAGAUCGAGGAGAACAAGGAGGAAGAGGAGGACGAAGAGCCGGAGCCGCAGCUGGCCGUGCCCGGGCACAAGCGCGCCCCGUCGGAAGGCAGCGUCGGGAGCUCGGAGGACGAGAAGCUGUCGCAGUCCGCCUCCAUCCUGGAGUCCGUCUCGGAGAAGGCGGAGCCGGACGUCUCCAGCGACAGGCUGUCGGACGAGGGCAUCGGCGCCAGCGAGCCGGAGCAUGGCGAGAGCGACGCCGGGAACGAGGCCGCCGGGGAGGGGGCGGAGCCCGCCGGGGAGAGGGCGGAGCCUGCCGGGGAGGGGGCGGAGCCAGACGCCAGGCCGGCUCCGGAGGGAGUGGGAGAGGAGGAGAAGAAGAGCGAGCCCCAGGAGGAGAGGACUCCAGAGGUCCCAGCGGAGGAAGGGAGGGGGGCCCCUGCACAGGAGGGGGCUGAGGGUGAGGCCGAGGAGCCCUCAGCUUUGGGAGCGAAGGGCAGCCCUGCCAAAGGAGCCGCGGAGGGUCCCAGCACCACGCCCAGCCAGAAGGACCAGGAGGAAGCGUCCAAGGAGAAGGGGGAGGAGGAGCAGAAACCUUCAGAAGAGGAGGUCAGCGUGAGGGAGGCAGCUCCAGCAGAGGGUGGGGCUGAGGCUCCUGGGGGCGGAGCCAAAGCUGCGGAGGAGGCAGCCCCGCCUCCCAGCGAGCCCCCUGGGCUGGCCCAGGUGACCAUCACCGUGACCGAGCCGGAGAAGAGCCCGGAGGAGGCUACCCCGGCCCCCACCCCAGCCGGAGAGAAGGUGCCGGAAGAGGAGGCAGAGAACGCAGAGGUGAAAGAAGAGAUGAAGGAAGAGGAAGAAAAAGCGAAGGAGACUGAGGCGGUGAAAGUGGAGAAAGUGGCUUGGGUAGUGGAGGAGGAGAGGGCCGCGCCGGUGGAGAAGGAGAAGGAGAAGGAGAAGGAGAAAGAGAAGGAUUCGGACUCCGGCAGCAGCUCCACGACCGAAAACAACAACGCGGACACGAACCUGUCCAUCUCCAGCUUCCUCAGCAAGAACAAGGAGACCGGCUCUGUGUCCAUCCAGGACACCAAGCGGCAGAAGAAGACCCUGAAGAAGACCCGUAAGUUCAUGGUGGACGGUGUGGAGGUCAGCGUCACCACGUCGAAGAUCGUGACGGACCACGACACCAAAAACGAAGAGAUGAGGUUCCUCAGGCGGCAGGAGCUGCGGGAGCUGAGGCUGUUGCAGCGGGAGGAGCAGAAAGCGCAGCAGCAGCUCAGCAACAAGCUGGAGCAGCAGAAGGAGCACAUCUUCCGCCGCUUCGAGCAGGAGAUGACGGGUAAGAAGCGGCAGUACGACCAGGAGGUGGAGAACCUGGAGAAGCAGCAGAAGCAGACCAUCGAGCGGCUGGAGCAGGAGCACACCAGCCGGCUGCGGGACGAGGCCAAGCGCAUCAAGGCCGAGCAGGACAAGGAGCUGUCCAAGUUCCAGAGCGUGAUGAAGAACCGCCGGAAAGAGGUGAAGCAGGAAGUGAGCCAGUCGCCCAAACACAUGAGGAGAGAUCUCAUGAAACGGAUAAAGGAAGACCUGUCAGUCCAGCAGCACGAAGAGGAGCAGGAGUUUCUGCAGAAGCAGCAGCAGGAGCUGGACAGUGCUCUGAAGAAGAUCAUCCAGCAGCAUAAGCACGAGAUCGCCACCAUUGAACGCGACUGCCUCAACCACAAACAGCAGCUGCUCAGAGCCCGUGAAGCAGCCAUGUGGGAGCUGGAAGAGCGCCACCUACAGGAGAAGCACCAGCUGCUCAAGCAGCAGCUGAAGGAUCAGUACUUCAUGCAGAGGCACCAGCUGCUGAAGAGACACGAGAAGGAAAUGGAGCAGAUGCAGAGGUACAACCAGCGACUGGUGGAGGAGAUGAAGAACAGGCAGGCCCAGGAGAGAGGCCGCCUGCCCAAGAUCCAGCGCGGCGAGGCCAAGACGCGCAUGGCCAUGUUCAAAAAGAGCCUGCGCAUCACCUCCACGGGCACGCCCGAGCAGGACCGCGAGAAGAUCAAACAGUUUGCGGUGCAGGAGGAGAAGAGGCAGAAAAAUGAGAGGCUUCACCAGCAUCAGAAACAUGAGAACCAGAUGAGAGAUCUGCAGCUGCAGUGUGACGCCAACGCCAGGGAGCUGCAGCAGCUACAGAAUGAGAAGUGCCACCUCCUGAUCGAGCACGAGACGCAGAAGCUGAAGGAGCUGGACGAGGAGCACAGCCAGGAGCUGAAGGAGUGGAGGGACAAGCUCCGCCCCCGGAAGAAGGCCCUGGAGGAGGAGUUCGCGCGGAAGCUUCAGGAACAGGAAGUGUUCUUCAAGAUGAGCGGGGAGUCGGAGUGCCUUAACCCCUCCGCCCAGAGCCGCGUCUCCAAAUUCUACCCUGUGCCCAGCGUGCACUCGUCCGGCUCGUAACGCGGCCGGACCGGGACAGGCGUGCUGGGACGCGCUGUGGACUCCCGAAAAUAACGCCCCGCCUUCCGCCUCCUUGCCGGGGACAAUCGCAGCGCCCGCCAUUCUGCUAACCGGGCGAAUCGGGCGGGCCGCAUUUUAUACGGAAUGAAGUUACUGAAGCCUCACUGUUGCCUUGCUUUUCUCUCUGUGUGUAAUCCUCUGUACCCUGCUUCAGUCUGAAAGCAAAUAUCCAGCUUCAGCGAGUAGUAGUGUUUCCGUUCUUUCCCUGCUUGUUUCUGGGACGGUGUUUCCAAACGUAUUCACCUGCAGUUUUGUGUUAAAGCUUUCACAGCAGCUCAAGUGUUAAAAUGAUUUUUUAGGAUUGACAGACUGUACUUUAGAUGUCUCCUCCAUAAGGAACCCAGUGCCUAAAAUUUAAAGGAUUCCAUGAUUCAGCUUUUUUACACAAGCUUGCUCCAAGUCCACUGCUGCUCAGAUUCCCCCCGAUUUAUUUGCACUAAAAGCGGUUGGAAUUUGUACAAAUGGCAUACAAUUUUAUAUUUAACAUACGGUGGUGCUUGAAUGAAUUCUGAGGCAGUUGAAUGCCAUAUAUCUGCUUCAGCACAGUAGAAUGUACCUUUGGUGAACUAUGAAGUGCACAUUUAUAAGAUGAGUCUUGAGGUCAGGAUUUAUUUUAUAAGCAUUUAAUAAUCAUUCUCAAAUAAAGGAUAGAACUCUCCUGAGAGAUUAUUGAACGAGUUAAAAGAAUGCUGCAUGGGUUUGAAUAUCACUGUCUAUGGCUUUCCUCCAGUUUGUAUCGGAUAUCAUAACUGCUAAUACUGUGUGUGCGCACAUGCGUGUGUGCGUCUUUUUGUCAUUCUUUAAGCUUUUGGUAGUGGUUAUAUCUUUUUUAUACUUUGAAAGUUAACAUAGUUUUUGUUGUUUUUUUAGAGUCUAGUUACUUUAAAUUAUCAUUUCAGGCACAGGUUUUCUUUUGUGUUAUGCAGUUGGACUUUUUAAAUUGAGGUAAUGACAUAGGUAAGAAUUUUAUUAGGUUUUUGGAAAUGAGACAAACACACACGCAUACACACACAACUGUUAAUAUCAAGGAAUGUAUUUCUGUAGUCAUAUCGUGCACUGUUGCUGUUAGGUGAACUGAGAAUAUGCAGUAUUUAUCUCAGCUAGGGGCGAAACACAACCCGGUCAUGUUUAAACUCUUUAUUCAGUUCAUGUUACAAUUUACAAUAUACACCUUUGAACCAUAUUUUUCCCUACCCCUACUCUAUAUUUUUAGACAUUUCAUUUCCAAAUGUAUUAAAUCAUACAGUGCAUGAUUUUCUGUUUGUUUCCCCCAGAUUUAUAGUCAGUUAUUAACUCUUAAUUUAAUGAAAUUAUAUCUGAUCUUUCUCAUGAUUAUCAAUAGUUAGCCUUAAAUUUCCUGAAAUUGAUUGACAGGUCUGCAUCUGCAUAGCUAAAAUUAUGUAAUUGCCUCAUGUGAAUCUCUGUCACUUUGGACAUUUUUGGUGGACCUGUUUGAGGAAUUCUCUCCAUGGAAAUCUAACUUCAGUUGGAUUCUGUAAUUAAGGUUUAAUUCUCAGAUUCUGUCAGUGUAAUGUAAUUAACAUUCUGGGUGUAAUGUUCGUUAGCUCUUCGUUUCAUAUGGUAACAGUUGUGCAAAGGUUCUUAUUUUCUGAGGUUUUUUCUGUGCGAUAAGCUUUACUGGAUUUGCAAUGCUAUAGUAUUUUAUUUUUUUUUUUUUUUUUUUUUUUUUUAAAAUAGGAGUUUCCUGGCAAAAGUAAGCAGCCCAUUUGUACAUGACGUGCAAUAUAUGUUGUCAUGAACUGAUCAUGUCCCUGAAUGGCCAUGUUCAUUUUUGCAGAGUCUUGCGGGUUGGAGUGAGUAGUCAUGCACUACAGAUCCCAGAGGUCUCUGUUUCCCACCAGUGAAAUCCCGUUCAUUAGUGCCCUUGCACAUACAAGCGCAUUGCAAGUCCUGCCAUCGCAAAGGGUCGCAUUUUAAACCGUAUGGCAUGUACUGGUGUGACUUUAGUUUGGCAACAAUCUUCAGUGUGUUCAAUACGAAGUGUUUCAUUUGACACUAGUGUGCAAACUGUAAAAGUAUGUAAUUUGAAUGUGUAAAAUUAAAGAAUUUUACCCUGGAGAUCAUAUGCAUUUUCAAGAUCAGGUGAUUUGUAUUUAAAACACUUCCGUAGAUUGCUAUUACUGUACUGUAAAUAAAACAUUUAUAUUUACA